AUGUAUCGCAAAGUGAAAGCUCUGGAGCAAGUUCGGUUAUUAAGAAUACAGCUGGUACAUCUGAAGAACAUGUUCAAAACUUGCAGACUGGCCAAAAACAUACUUGAAUUUUAUGACAGUGUACCUGGACAUCUUACUGAAGACCUUCAUCUCUUUUCCUUGAAUGACCUUACUGACAUUAAAAAAGGGGAUUUGGGGCCCCGAUUGAAGGAGUUAGUGAGGCUUGGAACCUUACAUGUGGAUAAAUGCAUGUUGUGCCAAGCUAAAGGCUUCAUUUGUGAAUUUUGUCAGAGUGAUGAGGUCAUCUUUCCCUUUGAGUUGUCUAAAUGCCGGAGAUGUGAAGAAUGUAAAGCCUGCUAUCACAAAGGCUGCUUUUGCUCUGAUCACUGCCCAAAGUGUGAACGCUUACGGGCAAGAAGGGAUCAAAUGGCCAAACAAAGCCUUGAAUCCUACAACUCUGAACCUGAAGAGGAGGAGACGAUACAGGAAAGAAAGAUGGACCGUGCUGAAUAG